AUUAUUUAUUUCUCAUAUAGUUAAGCUGCACCUGCUUCGGAUGUACUGUAAAUAGGUUGAAAACGUAGCAAAUAAGCUAACCUACAUGCUUCGUUUUCGUUUCUUGCAGGCCCCUAAAAACUGCCAAAGGAAGAGGAUGUGACGCUAUUUACGCGACCGAAACCCAGGGAAACUUGCUUGUUGUCCAUUAUUAAACACCCAGAGGCACACCAGUAACAAUAAAAUAGCUACAUGUAUGAUUUUUAUUUGUAGCUACAUUAAGUCUUUUAAAUUAUUAUUUGUCUGUGAAUAGGCUAAAUACAGUGUAAUAGUUUUACCUAAUAACGUAAACGUAAAUAAUAAAACUCCGGGUUAAACCAUAGUCGACCAUCUAGACGCGGCUUCUGUUAGUGGCUCACACAUGUAACUAAGCUAGCUUGUUAGCCUCAGUAACAGUUGGCCAGCUCUUUGGCUCCACUUUAACCAAUUAUAAACGGUAUCUAUUUAAUACGAAACUUCAGACUCAUCUCUACAGUCCUGCGUUGUUUCUCUCCCAAGCGGGGGCUCUCCCCUUCUGUUUUUCAUCAGCAGCCCACAUGAAUAAUUGUUGAUUCCAGGAAUCAUGAAGGUGAAUAAACUCAAACCGGUCAAGGGCCAAGCAAAAUCUCUGAAGUGGAGGGAUGUGAGGGGCAAAAGGUGCCGGCCUCCCAUCAGUUCCUCAGAGCUCGUCUCCAGUCCUGUGAUGGCCAGAAUAGCGAAGGAGCACCAGGCGUCUGUGAUGAAGAAGCCCACCGUCAAGAGAUUGAAGAGUAAGGCAAAGCCCGUCUCUGACAUAAAGAAAAACACCCCUCAGGCUGGAUUAAAGAAAUCUCACACGCAGACUAACGGGAGUUCAGCGUUUACAAUGGAUGACGAGUCAAAUGACACGCAGGACUGGAAGGAGUAUUCCAAGUCCAUUCACGGGAACGGUGUGGAGACCUCGGGUGACCUGGACGAUGUAAGCCCAGGUAGAGUGGACGGAGAGUCUCUCCAUCACUGUGCAGAGAGAGACGAUCGACAAAACCAUGCGGUACUUGUCAUGCAGAAGAAUCAGACUUUGUGUUUCCGUGGGAAGUGCCUUUUGACCUGUCUGUACGGUCGAGUGGAAGUGAUGGGGUUCACCAUUGAAGAAGGCCAGCAGUCAUAUCCACUCUUCUCCCCAGCCUCACACUGUCCACUGACCAUUAGAGCUCUGGAAAGCGCUGACCAAACCAGAGAUGACAGAACGGAGGCUUUACCCAUUCUCCGAAAGUAUCUGCAACCAGCAUCACGGAAGAAGUUGCUAAAAAGGAUUACGUCAAACUCCUCCAUCAUCCUACUGGAGCCCAUGGAGACGCCUCUGACACGCUUCCUGUCGAGCUUCACAGAUCUCAGUGAAUUGUUCAACCCCCCCGCAAGUGAACUCAUGUCAGCUGUUCUUGACACUCCGCUCAAUGGUUUGGGGAUGAUUCCCCUGGGGACAGCCAUCGAGGGCCUGAAAAUGUCAAAGAGCUACAGAGAUGGUCUUAACAUGGUUGUCAGCGCAUGCAGAGGGGACAUGGAUGGUUGUGCUGUCAUCCUUGUUUGUGGUAUCAAGAACGUGGGCAAGUCGACGUUCAUCCGCACCCUCAUCAAUAACUUACUAAAUCACACUGCCAGUGUAGAUUAUUUGGAAGGUGACCUCGGUCAAACGGAGUUCACUCCCUCUGGCUGCCUGUCUUUGUCGACUGUCAGAGGACCACUUCUGGGUCCUCCUUUCACACAUCAGUGCACACCAAAGCACAUGGUCUACUAUGGUCAUUCGUCAUGCGAGACAGACUUAGAACGCUACCUGGACUCCCUUAAAUCCUUGUGGCGUAGACGGUCCCAGACCAGAGAGACUCCCGUCAUUAUCAACACCAUGGGUUGGGUGAAAGGGUUUGGAUUUCAGCUGCUCGUGGACAUGAUCCGCUUCUUCCCGGUCUCGCACGUCGUCCAGCUCGGUCACAGCGGUAUCACCCAGUGCCCCGCCCUCACUCCGGAGUUUCUGAGGACGGCACACGGCUGCCAAACGCACCCACCGGCCCAGACCGCUCUGGACGAGUUUACGCAGAGCCACAGUCCGCCCAGAAGUUACACUCACCUCAUUAUACAGUCAGAGUUUCAAGGAGUGGGGCGCCAAGGAACCGCAAAGCACCAGCGUACUAAUGAGCACAGAGAGCUGUCAUUGCUGGCCUACCUGAGUCAGCUGCAGUCUCCUGACCCCGGACCAGUCAGACCUCUACACACCCUCGUCCCAUACCAGGUGCCCCAUACAGCAGUAGCUUUAGGUGUGAUCCAUUGUGAGGUCGUGCCCAGUCAUAUGUUUUAUGCUGCCAAUGCUAGUCUGGUGGGACUCUGCUGCCUAGGGGAGCAAGUCUCAAGCAGGGGGGGCCCGGUCCUGCUGUCCCAGGCUCCCAUCUGCCCAUGUGUGGGCUUCGGUGUGCUCCGAGGUAUCGACAUGGUGCGAGGUCUGUACUUUUUGCUGACGCCUGUAGAUCCCGCCAUCCUUUGUAAGGUCAAUUGUCUCCUCAUGGGCGCGAUAUCGCUGCCUUCCUGCAUCCUCACAACACAGCCGGGCUUUGAAGGAGAGAUGCCCUAUGUCACUACGGACUACAGUUUUGAUCUCACUGGUGCAGGAAAGCUGCGAGUCUUCAAGGGACUGAUGAGACCAAGUCAAAUGGGGCCGCAAUGACAUUUUCUACAUCGCACUGCCCGUUACACUUCUUGAGUGGUGUCUCACGCCAAACCAGUCAGAAUUGGCCUUUUGAAUGUACAGAACUGAGGAUGGACAGAACAGCCAGUAUCACGGACUCUGCAGGAGGAGAUGGCUGCCUUCCUUGUGAUGGACUUACAACCUCCUACUGUGUGUGUAUAUGUUUGAUGGGGCCGUAAGGAGCUUCUGUGUUUUCUGUCACAUGGACAAUAAUGUCACACUUAGUACUUGCAGCUCUUCUGUGAUGUCUCUUCAUUGUGUAGUUGGCAUUCCAAAGCUGCAAAUGAAUGCAAAAACCUGCCAGAUAUUAAAUGAGAAACGCCUUUUAAUAAAACUUUGUGGUUUUCUUGUGUAUGUGCCGUUUUAGACCGACGUUGGUAUUUGGUUCAUAGUCAUGGAUCCAUGUAGAUUUAGAGGCAAUGGUACUAAAACCAUUUUAUCCCAAAAAUGCCCACUGCCAAGACUUUGCAUGUUGUUUCUGCCUGCACCCAACACUCAAGUACAGAACAGGGCAGAGUCAAGCAGGGAUCUUUCCCCUGACAUUUAGUUUGAAUUUGAAGCCCCUUUUGUCAG